GUCCCCUGGGCGGGGUGUUUGCAGUGGGGGGCGAGGAGCAAGUGCUGGCGGGGCGGCACUGCAGCAACGGCGUGGAGGCACACGUGACCGCGGACAGGCUGCUACUCAUAGACACUCAGCCCAUCAACAGCGCGUCGCUCCUUCUGGACGUGGCUCGUGCUGAUGGAACAGCCAGCAUGGACGUCAUUCCUCCCGCUGUUGCUGCUGCGGCUGCUGCUGCGGGUAGUGGCGCGGCUGCUGGUGGGGAUGGUGGUGGUGCUGGUGAUGCUGCGACCCUGAUCAGUGCUGAGAUCGCACACACUAUUAUGGGGCUCCAGCUGGGGGUGUUUCUCUUCUCCGUGUGCCACCUCGUGAUCGUGCUGUGCGACGGGCUCACCGAUCGGGCCACCUGUGAUUACAUCCAGGCCGUUCAAAUGUUGCGCCUCUCCCCAUCUGAAAGCCCCUGGGGGCCUUCAAAAGCCGUGGCACCCACAGCUGGUGCUGCUGCCGCUCCCACUGCUGCUGCUGCUGCUGCUGCUGCUGGUACCACUCCUGCUGCAGGCACUGUCAGUGCUGCUGGUGUUUCGUCUACUGCAGGGGAGCAAGGGGACAGUGGCGGUUGGGUGGGGGAUGGUUUGGUGCUGGGGAGAGAGGGUGAUGAGAGCUUCUGCAGUGAUGCUCUGUUCGUGUUUGCGAGGGUACCCCCAUCCGAGCUAACACCGGAUCACCUCUCCUCCACUCUCACUCACCUCACCUCCCUCCUCUCGCACACCACUCUCCUCACCCCCCCUUCGCGAAUCCUCACACCGCCCCUCCCCUUCACUUCCCCUCCUUUCGCUCCUCCUCCACUCCUCCCCCUCGGGUCCGGUAAGCUAGACGGGUCAGGAGGGGGGACAGGAAGGGGAAGAGGAGGAGGGCGGAGAGCAGGGUAUCUGAGAGGGGCGUACGGAGAUGGUGAGAGGGGUGGGGCUUAUUGCAGGGUUGACUCUGGGAAAGCUGUAGACAAGUGGCAAGAGGGCAGAGAAGCCGAGAGGAGGUCUAGAGAAUUGCAGGACAGCACGCGUGACGGUGGUGGUGGCGGUGAGGUGACCUUUGAAUCGACUCAAGAUGCACCUAGAGAAUGGGGGGGCAGCAGUCACAGCACCACACAUGGCAGUGGUGGUAGUGAGGACGGCUCUGUUAGCUUCUGGGUGCUCCCUUCUGAGGACCCCUGGGCAUGGGCAGAGGAUGCUGCAGUGUCAGCAGCGCUGGGAGGAGGAGGAGGAGGGGGGGGAGCGGGGGGAGCAGCAGCUGCAGCAGUAGGAGGAGGAGGCAGUGGAAUGGGGUCACUGGGGAGCUACAGACUGGAGCUCAAGAACAAGAUUUUGGGAAUGCAGAAGAAGCUUUUCCCAGAGCCGAUAACAGAGCGGGAGUGGGCGAUGAGGGCAGCAGCAGCAUGGGGGGGCGUGCGCAUGUCGCCACUUAUAGCCCAGUUUGCCCAUUUCCUCCAAGCCUCGCCACUUUUCCAGCAGCCAUAGGGUUAUGAUUAUGUAGAAGACCCAGGAAUCAUGGAUGCGGGCUUGCAAGCAAGCGCGUUACUUGGUGGUACUGUACUGGAUUACGGAAUGCAAUCUUGUUGCUGAAGAAUAUGGGAUGGGGCACAGAUAGGUGAUCAUUAUAUCAUAUGGUUUUGUUCAGC